GUGGAUUUGAAAUACUUCCGCCAACACAGAGAAGAAGAAAAACAAGAUGGCGGAACGAGGCUACAGUUUCUCCCUCACCACAUUUAGCCCUUCGGGGAAACUGGUCCAGAUUGAAUAUGCCCUGGCAGCGGUAGCAGCCGGAGCUCCUUCAGUCGGCAUCAAAGCUUCCAAUGGCGUUGUCCUGGCAACAGAGAAGAAACAGAAGUCCAUUCUGUACGAUGAGCAGAGUGUCCACAAAGUGGAGCCCAUCACCAAACACAUAGGCAUGGUCUACAGCGGCAUGGGGCCCGACUACAGGGUUUUAGUGCGACGAGCCCGGAAGUUGGCACAACAGUACUUCCUGGUUUACCAGGAGCCCAUCCCCACUGGUCAGCUUGUCCAGAGAGUGGCCUCUGUAAUGCAGGAGUACACACAGUCUGGUGGGGUGCGUCCGUUUGGUGUUUCAUUGCUGAUAGCUGGAUGGGAUGAAGACCACCCCUACCUGUUCCAGUCAGACCCCUCUGGUGCAUACUUUGCAUGGAAAGCCACAGCCAUGGGAAAGAACUACGUUAAUGGAAAAACAUUCCUUGAAAAAAGGUAUAACAACGAUCUGGAGUUGGAAGAUGCCAUCCACACAGCCAUCCUGACAUUGAAGGAGAGUUUUGAGGGUCAGAUGACAGAGGAGAACAUUGAGGUGGGCAUCUGCAACGAGGCCGGCUUCAAGAGACUCACCCCAGCGGAGGUGAAAGAUUACCUGGCAGCCAUCGCGUGAACACGCCCUCCCGAUGACAGGGCUCUCUGGCCACAUUUCGAGACAUAACAGCACAGUAGCCAACAGUGUCACAUUAUUGUAGACCAGUUAUUCAGGGGGUUUGGUCGUAAUGUGUUUCUGUCCUGAAAACACAAGCGGCUCUAACUUCACUGUCAUAAAAAAAAAUAUUAAUGUGAUCUUGUGGGUCAGGCAGACCUAAUUUACUUGAAAUGACAGCUUUUGUGUGUGCACAGCUCUGGGGCUGCCUCACAACUGCACUGACCAAACUCCAUUAGUUGCAGUGAGAUGGCAAACUCAUUUUUAUCACAUAACUAAUUGGCUUUGUUGUCAAACUCAUACCCUGGUACUGUAAAAUCUGGCAGUUGGCUGCUGUGCAUAUAUGAAAAGGAAUGUGGCCUCUGAUGAGUGAAAUCUCAAGUCUUCCAUUGAAUCCUUCAAUUUUCAUAUUUCUCAUUACUGUUGCAAAGGCAAUGCUGUCGGAUUACAAAUCAAUAACUUUUACGCCUGUAAUAAAAAUGUGAUUACUUGUAACCGUUGUGACAAAUGUCCUUUUGGUUGAACACAAAUCACAACAUUAAAAUGGUAAUGAGGUGAAAAGUUAUUAAAGAGUAGAAAUAUCUUUGGUCUCUGGGGGGGAUUUACUCAUCCUGAACAUUGACAGUUGUUCUUUUAUUUUCCUGACUGUACUUCAUUAGUAUCCCUCAAACACUAGUAAUUAGGAUCAACAAAAGGAGGAUGCAAUGGAAAGCUUUGUGAUUUUACAGUUAGGAUCUGGUUGCCUGUACAGCAGUUUUACACAAUGUACUUUUUUUCAGGCUAGAAACAAUUCUAGAGUUUGUAUUUUCUCUUCUGCUUGUUCAAAUAAAAAAUGAGCUGACGUUGA